AUUUGUUCUUCUCUCAUGCAGCAUUUGAGCAGUCGUCUUGCACGCAUGGCAGCGGUGGGGGGUGUGUGUCUCAGCUUCCAGACUUUCUACUCCUCCUACAGCGACACUGGCCUGUUGGGCAAUUACUUUGUCCCUAAGAAACACAAUAUCGAGGAUGUGAUGUUCUGGGUGCAGAAUGCCUGGAUGAACUUGUCCACCACAGUAACGGACACUGAUUUAGCCAGAGCAAAGAAUUUCCUGAAAGCCAGCGUGGUGGGACAGCUCAAUGGAACAACACCAAUUUGUGACGAAAUCGGCAGAAACAUCCUGAACUACGGCCGACGUAUUCCUCCGUCCGAGUGGGUGGCUCGAAUUGAUGCUGUGACCCCUCAGAUGGUGUGUGACAUUAGCUCCAAGUAUAUGUACGAUAGGUGCCCAGCUGUGGUGGGCAUCGGCCCCAUUGAGCAGCUUCCUGACUACUCCAGAGUCCGCAGUUCCAUGUACUGGCUGAGGUUUUAAGAUGUGCUACCCCCUGCCCCCCAUCUCUCUCUUCAGCCUUUCUUUCCCUCUUUCUUCACUGCAAGGCUGAAGAGCUGAGGAUUGUCCACCUGUCCUUUCCUCCUUGUCUGUCCUCCACACCCUGCCCUCUGGGACACUGUCUGCAGGCUCAGGUGAGAGAGAAGGCUUUGAACAUCAGCCAGUCUCCUAGCACAUCAGUACUCUACACAGGAGCAAGAGUAUUUAUAAUUUCUGUGAGGUUUCUGUUCACUAUACAUAACUUCAUUCUGAUGAAUAAAACU